CCUUCUCUCGCUUUGAUUCGUGCGCAGACAGAGGAGGUAUUUAGAUGCAGGGCUUGCCUUUGGCAGCUCAAAGUUGCUGAAGCUUUUCUCCUCCAAGAUCGUGAUAUUAUUUGUGUUGCUGGGACUGGGAAGGGCAAAACUCUCACAUUCUGGAUGCCUCUACUAUUUGACUCCACCAGUGUACAAGUCGUGAUUACUCCUUUGAAUUUACUUGGCGAGCAAAAUGUCAUGGACCUCAAAAGAGCGGGAAUUUCAGCUAUAUCUAUACAUGCAGAAACUGCAACAGCAUAUAACUUUCAGGCAAUAGAGAACCUGGAGUAUCGAGUUGUCGUUAUCAGUCCUGAACAGGUUAUGAAGGAUGGCGGAGGUUUCGAGACACUACUCAAAAAUCCUUUGUUUGUGUCACACAUGAUGGGCAUGGUUAUAGACGAAGCUCAUUGUGUCAGCUCAUGGGGAGAAUUUCGCCCAGAAUACAAGGAGCUUGGUAGACUAAGAUUCAUCCUCCCCCUAGAGAUACCAUUUCUCGUGACGUCUGUGACUCUCUCCUCGUCCACACUGCAAGAUGUCACCAGACUUCUCCAUCUACAGAGCGGGGAUAAACUCAUCACUAUUCAUUGA